AUGAGGAAAGUGACCACCAGCCUCCUCUCCUUAGCAACUCCUCGUGUAGCUGAGAGCCGAGAUCAGAAAGAGGUCAAGCAUGAGGACUCAGGAUCAACUAGAGAUCCGGAGCCAGAACCAAAGAAAACAUAUAACAAAAGUGAAAGUCACACUAACAACGAAUACAACUCGAACUCAUCAGAGAUUCACCGAAGCUCUCUCACAGGUAAAAAGUCAUUCCAGUGUGUCACUUGUGGAAAAGCCUUCGAGUUCAAGUCGAAAUUGCAGAGACACCUGAGCGUCCACACAGGUGAGAAACCGUACCUUUGCAAGUUCUGCGGACAAGGAUUCGGUUACAUGUCGGUGCUGAAAACUCACGUGAGAAUCCACACGGGCGAGAGGCCAUAUUUGUGCAAGACAUGUGGGAAGGAUUUCACGUGCAGCAGUCCCCUGAAAGUUCACAUGAGGACGCACACGGGCGAGAAGCCGUACCUUUGCAAGACCUGUGGGAAAAGAUUCUGCACCAUGCCGCCACUGAAGAGGCAUAUGAGAAUCCACACAGACGAGAAGCCGUUCUCCUGCAGUACGUGUGGGAAAAGAUUCUGUCGGACAUCAGAGUUGAACGCUCACAUAAGAAUCCACACGGGCGAGAAGCCCUAUUCGUGCAAAACGUGUGGCAAAGACUUCAGACUCCACAGUGUCUUGAAAGUCCACAUGAGAACCCACACGGGCGAGAAGCCGUACCUCUGUAAAAUGUGUGGAAGUGAUUUCAGCUGUUGCAGUGGCUUGUUGGUCCACAUGAGAAGAGCCCACACUGGUGAGAAGCCAUAUAACAUUGAUUGUUCUCACAUGGUCAUGAUCACAUGGGAGUUGGGCAAAAUAUCUCCAACUAAUCCUGUCUAUAAGGAGGAGGUGCUCGCUGACCAGCAGCUCUGUAUUCAGGAGAGGAGCUCCAGUGUGGACCAAGAGGACCCAGAUCCUCCACAGAUUAAAGAGGAACAGGAGGAGCUCUGCACCAGUCAGGAGGGAGAGCAGCCCGUACUGGAGCAGACUUCUACUGAACCAUUCAACUUUAGGCCUGCUUGUGAGGGAAGUGAUCACGAUGAAGAUCUGACUCCACCACCACUCACUAAACUCUCAGUCACAGUAAAAAAACUUGAAUCUGACAGAGAGAAACCAAAUGGUGACCACCACCUUCUUCACAACGCUCACGGAGAUGAAACCCAAGACGGCGAAAGAGGAAGCCAAACGAGCAAACAUUUCCAAUGUCUCUUUUGCACGGAGGAGUUUCAAGAUUUUUUUCAGUUAAAAAUUCACGUAAGGACGCACAGCGGUGAAAGGCGCUUCAAGUGUGACACUUGCGGGAAAGGUUUCACCCAGAAGGCACGGAUGAGGAAACACAUGAUGACUCACACGGGGGUAAAGCCCUUCAGAUGCAGAGUUUGUGGAAAGCAAUUCAACUGUCAGUCAAACUGCGUCACUCACAUGAAAACUCACACAGGCGAAAAGCCCCACGCUUGUGUCACCUGCGGGAAACGUUUCAGCCGCGGCACUGACCUGAAGAGACACAACCGAACUCACACGGGGGAGAAGCCAUACAGCUGCGAUUACUGCGGGAAGGAGUUUUCUUACCACUCGUCUCUCACCAAUCACGUCCGGGUUCAUACAGGGGAGAAACCUUAUAAGUGUAUGUGGUGUGGCAAAGGGUUUGCUGUCAGCACAACGUUGAAAAUACACACCAGAGUCCAUACGGGGGAAAAGCCGUAUGAAUGCACCAUUUGUGGGAAGGAUUUUGCUCAUAACACAGGACUGAGAUUGCACAGGGAGAUUCACACCGGGGAAAAGCCUUACAAAUGCGACACCUGUGAUAAAAGCUUCAGCUCAUUAGUGAAUAUGAAGAAGCACAAGAGAAUCCACACGGGGGAGAAGCCUUACACCUGCAGUGACUGCGGGAAGGAGUUCGCAGAUUCUUCGUCUUUCAAAAAUCACCAGCGAGUGCAUUCAGGAGAAAAGCCCUUCAAGUGUUCCUUUUGCAAGAAAAGAUUUGCUACCAGGACGACUUUGAAAAGGCACAACAGGACGCACACAGGCGAAAAGCCAUACAAGUGUGAUGUGUGUGACAAGGUGUUUGGUCAUAGAACGGACCUGAAAGGACACAUGAGGACAAUGCACACUGGGGAGACGCCUUACAAAUGCAGCAGUUGCGGAGAACAGUUCUCCACUUGGUCAAAACUCAACAAACACAAGAGAGUCCACACAAGUGAAAAGCCUUUUAAAUGCAGCUACUGUGGAAGAAUGUUCAUCCAGAAGUCGACCUUGAAACGGCACACGAAAACUCACACCGGAGAAAAGCCUUUUAAAUGCGGCUCAUGUGGGAAACUGUUCGCCCAGGGGAGUGCGGUAACUAAACACAUGAGAACUCACACGGGUGAGAAGCCGUAUAAUUGCAAAAUCUGUGGGAAAAAAUUCAGCUGUAGCGCCAAUGUGAAGAAGCACAUGCGGAUUCACACAGGUGAGAAGCCUUACCCUUGCAGCCACUGCCGGAAGGAGUUUACAGACUCCUCGUCGUUGAAGAACCACAUCCGCAUGCAUACAGGCGAAAGGCCUUACAAAUGCCCUCAAUGUAGCAAAGGAUUCACACUCAGCACAACUUUGAAGAAGCACAUUAGAAUCCACACAGGUGAAAAACCGUAUAAGUGUGACACUUGUGGAAACUGUUUUGCCCAAAGUACAGACUUAAAAAUACACAUUAGGAUCCAUACGGGGGAGAGACCGUACAAAUGCAGCGUUUGUGGAAAAGGGUUCAUAACCAUCACAAAACUGAGGAAUCACAUGAGAGCUUACAAACAUGCACACUGA